AUCUGUGCGCCAUCCCUCUCUCCCUUUCUCCAUCUUUCGUGUAGUUCUCUCUACACACUGUUGUGUGUCUCCUCAGCAGGUAAAUGGCAGGCAAGAAGAAAGAAGCCCAGUUACAGACACUCGUCAAUAAUGAAACUCUGUGGGAAGAAAUGCUGCACAACAAAGGCCUAACAGUAAUCGAUGUAUAUCAAGCUUGGUGCGGACCUUGCAAAGCAGUACAGGCUUUGUUCCGGAGGCUGAAAAAUGAUCUUUCAUCAGAGGAGGAGCUUCUUCAUUUUGUUGUGGCAGAAGCAGACAAUCUGAUGAGCCUGCAGCCAUUCAGAGAUAAAUGUGAGCCUGUUUUCCUCUUUAGUCUUAAUGGCAGAAUCAUAUCAAUGGUUAAAGGUGCAAAUGCACCAUUGAUAAGUGCUAAAGUGAUUCAGCUAGUUGAAGAUGAAAAGAAAAUUUUAGCAGGGGAAAUGUCCCGCCCAGUGCUUCCUGAAUUAGUACUACUGGAUUCAGAUGUAGAUGAAGAUGCGGUUGAAACUCCAGAAGCACCUGUGGAGGAUAUAUACAAUGUAAUGAUAAUAAGACCACAAGCUGUGGAAGAGGAAAGAGUAGAAGAAAUUGAACAAAUGAUUGUGGAUUUUGGUGCUGUCAUAGUAGGAGAGGAGCAGAGGUUCUUAGAUGAUGAGCAAAUUAGAGAUUUUUAUGAUGAGGCUUCACAUAAGUUUAAUUUUGAAGAAUUUGUCUCAUAUACAUCAAAUAACCCAAGCUAUAUUCUGGGCAUUUGCCUGGGACCACCUGUAAAAGAAAGUGAAGAAGAAAAAAAAAAGGAUCAGCCAGAGGAAAAAGAAAGUCAACCAGUGGAAAAAGAGGAUCGAGCAGAAGGAGAUGAGGAUCAAUCAGCAGAAGAAGGAGAUCAAUCAGCAGAAGAACCGAAAAAGAAAGAAGAGAAGAAGCCAAAAAGCAUACGAGAGCUAUUGAAAAGUCAAAGGCUGAUAGAAGUCUGUGAUCUCAUAGAUGAUGCACAGAAGGCAAGGAAGCAUCUCAUUCAAUUUUUUCCAUAUUUUGCUAAAGCAAAAAAUCUCCAGCCGUUGGUUGAAAGGACAUUGGCUGUAAUCAGACCUGAUCUCUUACGGGGAAAUAUCGAGGAUGUCCUAGAGCUCCUCCAGAAGGAAGGCUUUGUGGCAAAAAUGCAAAAACAGCUGUUCUUGACCGAGGAGGAAGCCAAAACAUUCUACAGCCAUCACAAGUAUUACGACUAUUUCUCAACUCUGAUAGAACAUGUCAGCAGUGCUCCAAUUCUGGCACUUUGUUUAGAACGAGUAAAUGCUGUGUUCUACUGGCGAUAUAUACUGGGCCCAACGGCUGCUGAUGAAAACCCUACCAGUUUACGGAAUAUUCUUGGCCCAGAACAUUGUCAUUUCAACCAAAGCCAUGGAAAGGAUUCCCUACAGAACUUAAAUGAAGAAAUUCUCUUCUGCUUUCCUUAUGAGCGCACUGUGGCAUUGAUCAAGCCUCAUGCCUUCCAGGACCUGAGGGGGGGUAUCAUAAGAAAGAUUCAAGAACAUGGUUUUGUAGUUUCCCACUUGAAGGAAAUCCAGCUAACUGCAGACAAGGUUGAGGAAAUUUAUAGGGUUCUUGAAGAGAAAGAUUUCUUUGAGGACUUACUGAUUCACAUGAUUGAGGGUCCCUGCAUGGCCAUGAUCAUAAGUAAGGAGAAUGCAGUACAGGACUGGAGAAAGUUGGCUGGCCCCACAGACCCAGAAGAAGCAAGAAAGGUUGCCCCUGAAUCCAUUCGGGCACUCUUUGGGAAGGACAUCUUGGACAACGCGGUACAUGCGUCAUCUACCAAAGAACAUGCCCUGAAGACCAUUGAGCUGUUAUUUGGAGACAUUGAUUUGGACUCUGAGGAUCAUGAGAUCUAAGAGCUUCCAGCAGAUGUUGCUCCAUUUCAAAUAUACAAGGCACCUUCCUCAUGCAACAACAGCAGCCUCUUGGGGGAAAGGAACAGUGAUAUCAACACAAAUAAAACAAAACAAAAUGAAACGAUCCUCUGAAACGGAAAAAAAAAUCAACCUUUUCCUGCCUCGGCUUUAUGGAACAAUUAAAUAGGGAGUGAUCAGUGUAGAGGUGAACGUUAAACCCAAACUGAUGAGGUCAUGAGCAAAAGUCUAGACAGAAAAGGAGAGGGGGGCAGGACAGAGCCUCGGGAGACACCCGCAGGCAAAAGGUAAAUAACAGACCUUCAAAGAGGGACAAAGGAGAAGACUGACUCUCUUGUCACUGCUCUCCCUGCGCGCCAAUCCUGUUAUAUUCUUCCAUGAGCACGUCUCUAAAAUUUAAAGCAAAAAAUAAUCAUCCCCAAAAUGUAACCUUCUUCAAGAAAUCUUUACAAAGUUGGGUUGGUGCAAUU